AUGGUCUCAUCAUUUAUUCCAAAGUCCUUCCUACAAGGACCCCCUCAAAAAGCCGUUGUUCACCAAAUCGACUUCACAAAAACAACCCCACCCAUCCCCGCAUUCAAAAACGACUUCGCAGCCGUAAUAGACAACUUCAUGACCGAAUCAGAAUGUACAGAACUCCUUCAUCUCGCAGAACAAUCUACAAAUCCCACCUCCGACCAGACACCAGUCUGGGAACGCGCAAUGAUCAACUCAGGCGGAGGUAAAGAAGUCAUGUCCGUUGAUUCACGAAAAAGUGGCCGAAUCAUCUUUGAUUCACCCGAUAUCGCACAACGGAUUCUUGAUCGUUUAAUGCCAUUCAUGAAAGAGUUUAAUAUCGAUCGCGUUCAUGAUAUGCCGGCUGUCACGGGCCUUGGUCCUGCCCGGCGCGGUGAAACGUUUCAUCUCUCAGGGCUUAAUGAGCGAUUGCGCUUUUUGCGCUAUGAGGGUGGUGAUUAUUUUCGACCUCAUUGGGAUGGGCGUUACGUUAGGCCUGAUGGGAAGGAGGGGUCGCUUUUUACAAUUCAUUUAUAUUUGAAUGGGGAGGGGGAGCAGGAUAUGGAGGAGCUUUUACCGGAGAUUGAGCGGGCGGAGAAGAAGAAUGCGCUCUUUGUGAAGGGUGGCGAGGUGGAUUUAAUGGAUGUGGGUAAUGAGUCUGAGUUGGAAGAUGGAUCUGGAUCUGGUACUUCUGCGCGUGUAGCUGCAGAUUCAAAUAAGGAGAAGCUGCUUGGUGGUGCUACUUCUUUCACUGAUGAUUAUCGUGCGAGGGAGGUGGUGCGCGUGUUUCCGAAAACAGGGUCCAUUUUGAUUUUCCAGCAACGACACUUGAUGCAUUGUGGUGAUGAUGUUUUUCGAGGUGUGAAGUAUACUGUUCGGUCGGAUAUAAUGUAUACAAAUGAGUCUGCCUAG